AUGGAAGAACUUACGGCGUUCGUCUCGAAGUCUUUUGACCAGAAAGUGAAGGAGAAGAAGGAGGCUAUCACGUACCGGGAGGUGCUGGAAAGCGGACCGCUGCGCGGGGCCAAGGAGCCGACCGGCUGCGCGGAGCCGGGCCGUGACGACCGCAGCAGUCCCGCAGUCCGGGCGGCCGGCGGAGGCGGCGGCGGCGGAGGAGGCGGAGGCGGAGGCGGAGGAGGUGGAGGAGGUGCAGGAGGAGGAGGAGCGGGCGGAGGAGCUGGAGGAGCGCGCUCUCCUGUCCGGGAGCUGGACAUGGGCGCCGCCGAGAGAAGCAGGGAGCCGGGCAGCCCGCGGCUCACCGAGGGUAGAAUGAGACCAAGGCAGGCUAAGGUUCAGGCUGUGCGCUGUUUUUCGGGAGAUGCGUUAGGCUCCUUUUUUGUUUUGUCCCCGGAACCGAAGGAUCGCAAAGAGGAUGCGAAAGGGAUGGAGGACGAAGGCCAGACCAAAAUCAAGCAGAGGCGAAGUCGGACCAAUUUCACCCUGGAACAACUCAACGAGCUGGAGAGGCUUUUUGACGAGACUCACUACCCGGACGCCUUUAUGCGUGAAGAACUGAGCCAACGGCUGGGGCUGUCCGAGGCCCGAGUGCAGGUUUGGUUUCAAAAUCGAAGAGCUAAAUGUAGAAAACAAGAAAAUCAACUGCAUAAAGGCGUCCUCAUAGGGGCUGCCAGCCAAUUUGAAGCUUGUAGAGUAGCACCGUACGUCAAUGUAGGUGCUUUAAGGAUGCCAUUUCAGCAGGAUAGUCAUUGCAACGUGACGCCCUUGUCCUUUCAGGUUCAGGCGCAGCUGCAGCUGGACAGCGCCGUGGCGCACGCGCACCACCACCUGCACCCGCACCUGGCCGCGCACGCGCCUUACAUGAUGUUCCCCGCGCCGCCCUUCGGACUGCCGCUCGCCACGCUGGCCGCGGACUCAGCUUCUGCCGCCUCCGUCGUGGCUGCCGCAGCUGCCGCCAAGACUACCAGCAAGAACUCCAGCAUCGCGGAUCUCAGACUGAAAGCCAAAAAGCACGCGGCCGCCCUGGGUCUGUGACGCCAACGCCAGCGCCAACGUCGCGCCUGCAGCGCGGCGCGCACCCUGCACGCCCUCCGAGCCCCAAUGCUUCUCCGUUACCUGCUCCGGACCUCUGGAGCCGAGCCUCUUUCCACCCGCUGAUCGCCCCUUGCCCCAUUCCGCAUCCCGGACUCGGAGGGCGUGACCUGGGAUCCCAAGAGGGGCACCUGCUCCGUGGCUCCUGACCAUUCACCUACCCAAGGGCCUAGAAUUUGGCUUUGUAGGGCUGGGUUUGGGAGGUCUGGAGAGAGACUGGACAAGGGAGUGCUGGGACAGCGGAGUGUGUGGCUCACGGCAAAACUGCGACGAUGGACUCUUGCGUAGAAAUAAAAAUCCUGUUAAUAAAAAAUGAGGGGAAAAAAAGUAGAAAAGACAAACCAGAGAUAAAUAGAGAAAGGGAACUUAUUGCUAUUCGUCAGCAGCUGAAAUCGGAGAGAGAACCAAGGAA